CUCUCUGGACUGGGGUCGAGGCUACGUACAAGGCACACACACACACACACACACACACACAUACACAGCUGCUCGGAACCAUGACAGAAGAUGACGGAUACAGUUGUCGCGGAGGGACAAGUCAAGUUUAGAGAUGGAAAAAAGUGGAAGACUCGGUGGGUCGUUCUUCGGAAGCCCUCUCCGGUCGCAGACUGUCUGUCUCUGCUGGUGUAUAAGGAUAAGAAGAAAGGGAAGGAGAAGGGCCACAAGGAGAGGCUCAAUGUGACACUGGAGGGGAUCUGUGGUGUGGAGCCAGGGCCCGGGUAUGACGGGGUAUCCUACACCCUCUCCAUCCUCUGUCUGGCACACACGCUGGUCCUGGGCUUCACCAGCCGAGAUGCCCUGCUGGCCUGGGAUGCACGCGUCUGCUACAGCCUCGGAGAAGUCCACAGGUUCAGCGUCAAUGUCGAGCCAGGUACCAAACUGGAAAGCGGCCCCGCCUCCCUCCACCUGUGCAACAACCUAUUGGUCCUCACCAGAGGCGUCCCUCCUGACGUCAUUGGCCACUGGAAGUUGUCGGCCUUGCGUCGAUAUGGUGCAGUGACAAACGGCUUCGUGUUCGAGGGGGGGACUCGCUGUGGAUACUGGGCUGGUGUUUUCUUCUUGUCCUGUUCAGAAGGAGAGCAGAUCAGUUUCCUGUUUGACUGCAUUGUCAGGGGCAUCACCCCCAGCAGGGCCCCCCACGGCAUGCGACCUGUCCUGCCAGUAGAUCCCAAUGCUGACCCAGUGUCAGCAGAGGAACGAAUCAACCAGGAGGCAUCAGAGCUGGAGAAAAGACUCAGCAUGUUGUCUCACUGCAGCCUAGCGAGCAGCACAGCUUCCACCUACAGCUGCAGCACAUCUGUUGCCGGGGACGACCAAAGCAGCAUCUCCAGUUCCUCCUCCAGCCAAUCAGAUGCGAGCUAUGGAAGCAGACUUCCAUUUUGGGUGGAGCCUUUAGCUAGACCGCACCUCUCCAACGAGACAGCGUCAAGCUCCUCCACGCUGAAGGCUUUGACCAGUUCAGAUGACCGGCUUUAUGCUACUGUGAUGGGAAGCUCCGGGACUAGUCCAUCCUCCGCCCAGCUCCACCCUCGUGGUCUCCAUGACAGCGGGCGGCAGAGCUCAUUAGACAGUGGGAUUGGGAUAGCGACAGGCAGUCAGUCGUCUUACUCAGGGAGCUUCUCUUCGUAUACGGGGAGUUUGGACACGACCAGCCAGGGAGGGGGGGAAGAGUUUGGCUCCUUGGCCAGCCUACCUGCUCCUCCUCCUCCUUCUUCACCUCCUUCUGUUCCUCCCCCUUCUCCUUUUCAAUCCACACUCACCCCAGAGAACAGUUCUGCUACUUCCUCUUCCUCCCCUUGUGCCUCCAGGUCUAGCUCUUGUGCGUCUUGGGGGCGCAGUGAGGAGUAUCAAAUCCCCAGCCUGCUUAGACUGCGGUAUGACACCCCCAGGAAUCUGCUCCAGAGCCUGAACCUGAGGGAACCCUCCGCUAGAGAAGACCCACCUGAGCUGGGCAGGGACAGAAGGAGCAGUGGAGAUGGAGGGGAUAGUCAGGGACAAAGGUUCAGCAACAGCCCCACAGGACCCACGGCUCAGCUUCAGGCCAUGAUGCAGCGCUCCCACUCCUGGGGCAGUGAGAGGGCACCCUCUGUGGACAGUGAAGGAACGUCCACACAAAUAGCCCUGCUGGUGCCUGGAGACUUGGUUUGUGGAGGAGCACAGUGCAGUCAAGGUUUGGACAACUACAUUACACCAGAGCAGUGGCGGUGGACGAGGAACAGAUGCUUGACUCAGGUUGCCAACUCACCAUCAGGCCUGUCACCUUCUGCAGAUACACAAGAGCCUCCUCUCUGUGUGAGGGAGGAACAUGAUGACAUUGGGGAUGCUGGUGAUAAGUUGGCAGGUCUGAAGAGGUCGGUGCCCUCUCUGCCACCCUCUGGCCCUCCGCCUCUGCCUGUAGCAUUCAGCAUGCAUAGGCCAACAUCAGCCUGUGGUAUGUUCCCGUCUGCCCAUGAAGCUCCUCCGUCUGUGUCCCUGGACACUGGGCUCCAUAGUGACAGCACUGUUAAUUAUGUUAACAUCCCCAUUAGCCCCCUACCAGCUAAAACUAACAGAGAGCUCCUCUACUCGGAGCUGGACCUGCAGGAGCCCGGCUCAGCUCCAGUCUCCAGUCCGUACAGUGCUGUCAGAGGUAGCACUUUGCAGCUCUGCAGACCCAAAGAGGGCUCCAUCAGGUACGCCCACCUCGACAUCUCUGCCAUGGAAACAGCUCACAGAGUGGGGGCGGAGCAUGUUCAGGGCAGGGAGGACAGACUGACUCAGCUGGAGAGCAGGCGGCGAGGGCCACCAAACAGACUCUGCAACGCUCAACUCGAUGACACUUCAAAAUAGGUUUUUUUUUUUUAUUGCUGAUUCUCUCCAUCUCUCUGAAUAAGCUAUAACGCUCAACUGCAGUUGAUCAACAUACCAAUCGUUGUUGUACUUAAACACACCCACAGUUUUGCCUGUGUAAAGAAAUUCCCACUAACAAUCCAUUCCACUAAGAAUAAGAAGAAAAUAGGAAAUGUCUGGGAAGUCUCUUAUGCAGCUGCCAUCUUGGAUGUGUUUUGUGUUCUGUUAGUGUUGUAAUUUCUCAUAUACUUGUACUUAAAUUAGUGUGUCCUGCAUUUCUCUUUAUGACUUUCACCCUACAAAUGUUUUUUUUGGCUGCAUGGCACUUGUCUGCUGAGGUCUGCCUUUUUUAAGAUUCUCUCAGGAUGACUGUUGCUUUGGUAUAAAUGGCCUUAAUUAUGAGGGAAUGGCACCAAAAACAAAUGUUUACCACUGAUAUUAUAGAUACAAGACGAAGAUAGACAGCAGCUUUGCUUCGCGUCAAGCUAUAAUUUGUUAAGAUGGAAUUUCUUUUAAAUUUACUUUCUUCAGACUAUUUGGGCCGGGCUCUAUUAGUUGUUACCUCUCUUACCAAGAGGUCACAAACUGCUGUUAUUUAAAUUCAAAUUAUUUAUCACAGGGUUGAAGCAGAAUAUGAUCACAUAAUGAGAUCAAGCCCCACUCAUCGCACUGACACCUUACAAACGACUGUUAAGAGUCCCAGCUGGCUUGGCUAUCAUUCCACAUCAGAUCGUAAAAGCAUUUGAUUGAAAUAAGCAUCUUAGAGUUGUGCAAAUUACAUUAAUCCAGGCCCAUGUGGCCCAAGCAGGACAUGACUGAGUAAUCAGCCAGCCAGUAACAUUAUUCAUCACAGUAAUCAAUGUCUCUGCUUCUGCUCUGUGAGAGGGCAGGAAUUGAUAAAUGGAAAAGCACAGUGUGUGUUCCAAUUUCUCACCUCCCUCUUGAUAUCAUCAGGACAAAUUGUCCAAUAUUUGACGCUAAUUUAUUUUUAUGGUGGCAGUUCCCCACCGGUGUGUCUGAGGAGGAGACGAGGAGAAAGAAACAACAUGAUGAUGAGUUAGAAAAACUUAACAUUUUACCAAGAAUAGCCUGUUAAUGUCACUACAGGGACUGCUUUCCUCGACAGGACUUGUAAAUAAUAACUGCAUUUAUUUAUGCCAAGACAAUAUGAAUAAUAUUAAACUAUAUUUUUAAAAUAUGACUGUUUGUAUGUUGUUGGCAACACUGAAUAUUAAAGAUUGCUGUUACA